UGAAGUAUACGAGACGGGACUGGUCGGUUGAAAGCAGGUGAUUUCCUCGAAUCGGAACAGAGGAGGGCAGGUGAUAUAAAACUACUGAUGUCAGAUUCAGACUCCAGACCAGAUCUAACAAGAGGCGAUGAAUGUGCCUGGCUUCUCGGAGCCCUGUAAAUGUGUAAAGAGGCACGGUUUAUUGAUCAUACAGUUCACUACUCAGGGAGCACAACUCAGCAUUCACCGAGACUCCAGCCACUCGCUGCUGCUACAGCUCGUCCAAGCGAACGGACUUUCUCGGCACCUCGUCCUCUGCAAAGGACGUUUGGAAUCUUUCUUUUAAGUUCUCCGGAGAUCCAAGCCUGAUGCAGAAGGGUUGCUAAUUAUCUGCAUCACAGUGAAGCCUCUAGCUAUGGGAGACCUCCCAGGAUCAUCCAUGCUAUAGGAUGGUGGCAGACCGCAAUCUGACUGACAAAGCUGCCAACGCCAGGGACCAUCUAGAGCCUCAGAUACUGGAACCCACAGAGCACAACCAUGGCCUCCAGCAGCCCAACCAUGGACACCAGCCAGCAAGGUGUAACACCAGCAACCGCCAGGUGGAAACACACUUCAGACCCUUCAAAUCUUACUCGGACUUCCUCAUCAUCAAUAAGACUUGCAGAUACUUGGAGAACAGUGGCUUCUACUGGGGCCCAAUGUCAGUGGAGGUGGCACACAACAAACUUAAAUCUGAACCUGUGGGGACAUUUCUCAUCAGAGACAGCAAACAAAAGGAUUAUUUUUUCUCCCUCAGUGUCAAAACUGCCACUGCUCUUGUCAGCUUCAGGAUUCGGUUUAAGGAUGGACAGUUCAGUUUGGAUGGUAGCACGGAGUUUUUCAGCUGUGUCUUGAAGCUAAUUGAACAUUUCACAACAGCACCAAGGAGCCUUCUCUCCAAACCUCUGAGAAAAGUCAAGCUGCAGCCCUUGCAAGAAAUCUGCAGAAAGAGGAUUAUUGAGUCCUAUGGGAGAGACAGCAUUGACCACCUCCCCUUAAAUAAGGUCCUGAAGGAUUACCUGAACACGUUUCCAUUCCGCAUUUAAAAAAGCAGCAUUACCCUCUUUUCUCCCUUCCUUCUGGACACCCCACCCCACCCACCCUCACCAAUCCACCUCACCCCACCCCAACCUUCACUUAGCGAUCUGUGAAGAAAAGGGGACCACCAAAUCAAUGGAAUUCUAAUGUUCGGUCCUAUUUGGGGUAUUUCUCUUUGUAGCAUUGUGUUUUAGUUUUGGAGAAAACUUGAACCAUUUCAUGACUGUUUACAGACAAAAAGAAAAUGUUUACACUAUGUGGGGUUUGUGACCCACUGUA